AUGGAGAAAGUGAGAGAGAUAGUGAGAGAAGGGAGGAGAGUAGGGAAUGAAGAUCCGAGAAGAGUAGUUCAUGCUUUCAAAGUGGGACUUGCUCUUGCGUUUGUCUCUUCCUUUUAUUAUUACCAACCUCUCUACGAUAACUUCGGUGUCAAUGCAAUGUGGGCUGUUAUGACCGUAGUUGUCGUCUUUGAAUUCUCUGUAGGGGCGACACUUGGGAAAGGGAUAAAUAGAGCAGUGGCAACAUUAGUAGCAGGAGGACUAGGGAUUGGAGCGCAUCACCUAGCAAGUUUGUCAGGUGCAACAGUAGAACCCAUUCUUCUCGCCAUCUUUGUCUUUAUCCUAGCUGCAUUGUCGACGUUCGUGAGGUUCUUCCCGCGGGUGAAGGCAAGAUACGAUUAUGGGGUGUUGAUAUUCAUACUGACAUUCGCACUGAUAUCAGUAUCAGGGUUUAGAGAGGACGAGAUAUUGGAUUUAGCACAUAAGAGACUAUCGACAGUGAUGAUGGGAGGAGUUAGCUGCGUGCUUAUCUCUAUCUUUGUCUGCCCUGUCUGGGCUGGACAAGACCUUCAUUCUCUUCUUGCCUCCAACUUUGACACACUUGCCCACUUCCUUCAAGAAUUUGGGGAGGAAUAUUUUGAAGCGACAGAGGAUAGGGACAUGAAAGAGGUGGAGAAGAGGAGAAGGAAUCUUGAGAGAUAUAAAAGUGUUCUCAACUCAAAAAGCAAUGAAGAAGCUUUGGCUAAUUUCGCAAAAUGGGAACCACGUCACGGCGUAUUUAGAUUUAGGCAUCCAUGGAAACAGUACCUUUCCGUGGGUGCAUUACUCCGGCAAUGUGCUUACCGUAUUGAUGCCUUGAAUUCUUCCAUCAACUCUGAUAUGCAGAUUCCAAUGGACGUAAAGAAAAAGUUAGAAGAACCAUUAAGAAGAAUGAGCUCGGAGUCAGGGAAGGCAAUGAAAGAAAUGUCCAAUUCAUUAAAGAAAAUGACAAAAUCAUCUUCAUCGGAUAUCCAUGUAGUAAACUCACAAUCUGCAUGCAAAACUCUUUCAACUUUACUUAAAUCAGGCGUCUUAAACGAUGUUGAGCCUCUUCAAAUGAUCUCACUGAUGACUACAGUCUCUCUGCUCAUUGACAUUGUUAAUUUUACGGAAAAGAUCUCAGAAUCGUUACAUGAGCUUGCAUCCGCAGCUAAAUUUAAGAACAACAAGAUGAAGUCGUCGUCCAAGUCGGAUUCCGGAAGCAUAAGUAGUGCCGUGCCAAUCAAAUCUCAUGAUGAUGAUGAUGAUGAUGAUGGUCAUGUUGUUACAAUUUUAAGUGAUGUUGUUACGUCAAACAACGAUGAUCAUCAAUCGCAUGGAGUGAGUUCAGUGGACUCCUGUCAUCAUGUUGCCAUAGAGAUUGUCGAUGAUGAUUCGAUCCAUGAAAAACAUGAAGAAGAUAGUACAAAUAUACAUGUACAUACAAGUCGUGUAUCAUGUGGGAUCACUAAUGCUAGUGGUCUCUUAGAUAGUGGUGAUAAA